CUCAUUUCAGUCGUCGGGACCAGCUCAAGAUGGCUCGCUUGGUGACCCCGAUCUUUCUGGUGGUUGUUUCACUGACCGGCUUGUAUGCUGUUCAGAGAAUUCCCAUGGUUGAAGUCUAUACAAGGCACCCGCCAGAGUUUGGCAAGCCGAACGUCCUGAACUGCUAUGUAACUGGUUUCCAUCCUCCUAUUAUUGAAAUUGAACUGCUGAAGAAUGGGCAGAAGAUGGAUAAUUUGGAAAUGGGAGAUAUGGCCUUCAGCAAGGACUGGGCUUUCUAUGUUCUGGCUCAUGCUGAAUUUACUCCCACUGAGAAAGAUACAUUCGCCUGCAGAGUUAAACACCCGAGUCUGAAGGAGCCCAAGACAGUAGAAUGGGAUCGAUUCAUGUAAUCAAACAUCAUGGAGCUCUGAAGACUCAUUUGGGCCAGUUCAGUUCCAAAUCCAGUUUCUAAUAUGCUAUACAAUUUAUGCACACAGCAAGAAAGAGCAGUGUACACAUCAUCUUCUUUGUAUCUUACUUUAAAUGAUUUAUGCACUUAUGCUUCAAUGAGUAUUUUGAUCAGAAUAAUAAAUGUAGUUAAGAACAACAGUU